AUGCAAGAUAGGGCGUUAUCCACCAGCCUCAGCACAGCCCCUUCGGCACCGACCGAGACGGGGGCCGCUGCGCGUCUCGAUGCCCUUCUGGAAGCGGCGUGGCCAGCCGGUGAGUGGCGAGAUUUACGCGUCGCGGUCGCCGUGUCCGGCGGGCCCGAUAGCGUCGCGCUGCUGCGCGCGUUGGUCCAGGCCAAGCAAUCGGCUGGCGGGAGGGGUGACCUCAUCGUUCUACAUCUCGACCACGGAAUUCGUGGCGAGGCUUCCCAUAACGAUGCCGAAUGGGUGCGACAACUGGCGACCGGCCUCGGCCUGGAGUCCGUUGUCGAAGCCGCUACCCAAGCCGGCCCUCACAGUGAAGAGGCCCUGCGCGAUCUGCGGCGCGAAUUCUACCGCCGGGCGGCGGACUCACUCGGCGCCCGCUACGUGGCGACGGGGCACACGGCCGACGACCAGGCGGAGACGGUGCUCUUUCGGCUGCUGCGGGGCACGGGCGUGCGGGGCGCCGCCGGUAUUCGGCCGAUGGCGGCGCUGUCGCCCGCGUGCUCGCUCGUGCGGCCGCUGCUCGGCGCCACCCGGGGCGGCGUGCUUGCCUAUCUUGCCGCGAUCAGCCAGCCCUACCGCAUCGACGCCACCAACGGCGAGGACACGUACGCCCGCAACUGGCUGCGGAACCAAGCGAUGCCGCUGCUGGCUGAGCGUUUUCCGACGGCGGCGACUGAGUUGGCUGGCUUCGCGCAGCGGGCCGCCGAGACGAGCGACCUCGUCGAAAGCCUCGCCGCCGACCUGCUACGACGCGCCGUCGGCGCGACGCCAACCGCCGAGGGUCAUGUCACACUCCAAAGCGCCGUGCUUACGCAGUCGCCGCAGCCAUUGGUGGUCGAGGCGUUGCGGGUGGCAUGGCGUGAGGCAGGUUGGCCGCAGCAGGCGAUGACGGCGGGGCACUGGCGGCAGCUAGGGGAGAUGGCGGUCACCGCUAAGCCUCAACCGGCGGUGGUGUUCCCUGGAAGUAUUCGGGUCGAGCAGGUCGGCGCCGAGUUUGUGCUAGCGGGGCCGAAAGAUACUGGAAACGGUGCGACGCGACCCACCGCUGGCGAAGGAUCGCCACCCGUCGCGCCGCUCGCAGCACUCCACGGACGGACCUGGGCUUCCAUUUUCGGACACGUCGUCAACUCCUGUUGGUCGCUCUUCCGCGGCGUGCUCACGCUCGCGGCGGUGCUCGCGGUUGCGCUGGCGGUGUUUUUGUACUACCGCCUCGACGACGAGGCGCAGCGGCUCUGCGAAGCGGCGCUCAACCGCCACUGCGAGCCGUUCGUCGCGCGCGUCGGCGCCGCCCGCUUCACGCCGGGCAAGGGCGUCACGAUGUACGACGUCGAGAUCGUCGAAAGUCUCCAAUGGCAGCCGCCGCGUGGCGUCCUGCAAAUCGACGAGCUUCAGGUGCAGGGGCAAUUCGACAUCACCACGCUGCUGCGCGGCGCGCCGGUGGUGACGCGCAUCGUCGCCAAGUCGCCGCGUUUGGCGGUCACACGUCGCGAGAACGGCGUGUGGAACGUCAGCGACCUCAAGCUCAAGAGCAACCCCAACCAACCGUUGCCGCGGAUCGACCUCCACAACGCCACCGUCCUACUGACGGGUGAAGCUGGGGGCACGAAGACGCUCGGCGUCAACCACCUCAACGCGUCUUUCGUACCGGCCACGGACGGCAGCCGUGCCUUCAAUCUGACGAUCGCCGCGCGCGACACGCUCGCCAAGUCGCUCGAGGUGCGUGGCGCCGCCUCGGCGGAUGGCUCGGGGUUCCGCCUCGAUUACAAGGCUGAUGGCAUUGAAGCGACGCCCGCCCUCGUCGAGACGCUCGCCGGACUCGGCCUCGCGCCGCGGAUGACGUUGCCGCCGAUGCAGGGCGUCCUCUCGCUCAGCGGCGAAGCGUCGCGCACCGCCGCAGCGGAACCGCUAUCGUGGCGGACCGCCUUCAACUUCGCGGGGAGCGAGGGCCACAUCCCGGGCUUCAAGCGCCCUCUCAGCGACAUCGUCAUCAUCGGCGAAGCCUCGCCCACGGGCGUGCGGUUCGAGCAGGCGACGGCGCGGUGGGGUGAUUCGGUGAUCCGGCUGGUUGGGCGGCGUGAGGGUUGGUCGCUCGGAUCGCCGCUCGCCGCGCGGGUGCGGAUCGACGACCUCGACUUCGGCGACGUUCCCAUCGAACGGCUGCCCCAGAAAGCCCUGGGCCUAUGGAACCGCUUCCGUCCGGCGGGACGUAGCGACGUCGCGAUGGACCUCGCCUACGACGGACAGACCUGGGCGCCGCGCGCGACCAUCACCGCCAAGGGGGCGUCUUUCGAAGACGCCGAGAAGUUUCCCUACCGGCUCACGGGGGCGACCGGACAGAUCCUCGUCAACGGCGGCGUCACCGACGACCCGCAACCGCCCGCGCCGGGAA